AUGUCCACCCUAUCGUCACUUGAGAAAUACAGCUUGUUUCGUGGGACCUUAAUGCUGGCAAUCAGUGUGGUAGUUCCAUUUGUUGGUCCAGAAACAUUUUUGAAAAUGCUACCCAACUUGGGUUUCCCAAAAGAGCUCGCAACUGCUUCUGGGGCCACUGUGAACAUUGCAGGGUCGCUAAUGAUGCGAGAUUUGGGACUUGGUGUGGGCCAUCUUUUAGCUGCCAAGUUGAAAAAUGAGGUAUUGUCACGCUCCAUGGCAUUGGUCCAUGCUUUGGAAAUUGUUGGUAUCCUUUGCUAUUCGCCUUACGCUGCAAUGUUGAGCUUUUCUCCAUUUCUGGCUCUUGAUGCAGUGGCAAUCUUUGUGCUACCUGGACCUGAUGAUGCUGGCAAAAGAAAAUCCAAGUGAAGAUCUGAAACUGCCAAGCAAUCGUACCUGGUUGCCAGGCACGAGCUUUUACUGUGUCAUAUCCGUUAUGAGAAACCAAAUGGUGACGAAGGCAACAAUCAAAGAGCUGAAGAUCUCUGAACGAAGAUCUUUAAAAAAAAAACGAAUAUUGUGAAGCCACCAGCUUUCGAUGAUGUUGAUUUAGUUGUGCCGCGGAAGAAGACCCUUCCCCUGCCUCUUUGAUGUUUUGCGCUGAUGGCCUUGCCUCGAGUGACAAUUUCAUGCGAUAAUCCUUCCCUCUUACAACACAUUUUGACUGCCCUUCUAGCUAGCUGAUCCAGCUACUAGCUAGACAUGUAGCUACCAGUUGGAAUUUUACUUGCUAGAAACCGACCUCCAGCCAUUGUUGGAGACUGCAUUGUCUCCCAAAGCUGCACUUGCUGGCCAGCUGGUCAGAUAGUCCUGCAUGUUGCAUGUAUCGGUACGCUGUACGAAGCAGCGGUGACUAUAAUAGUAUUUAUAUCUUCUAGCUAGACCCCCGCAUCAUUUUCUUCGUUGUCGUGAC